AUGUCUAUCCCGAUCGAGAUCAAGAAAUCCGCGACAGCCGACGAACUUAUCGAGUUCAGCAAGACCCAGGCAUCACAGCUGAAGCAUGAUGGGUGCACUAUUUUGAGUGAGCAAAGGAACAUGCUCAACACUAUCGGUGCGCCGGAUAAUGCCGUGGCUAUCAUCGUCGACAUCAGCGCGCCAGGCGGCAAGUUCGUUAUUGGAAGGCACGCACUGACGCCGUAA